AUGAACGAGAGUCGAGAAAGAAUAAGACGAGAGAGAGAGAGGGAGAAGAACACAUACACGUCUCCUCGCCUCGCAUUAGGACCAGGAGUACUACAGAGUGUGGCCAAUGAACUACCAGUGGACUUAUUGGUGGAAGCACUACCUCACUCCUCACAUCUGUUGGAGACACUACUAAACAGGUUAAUAUCUCUGGAGAUUACUCCACGUCCGGAACUUCAAUGUGAGUCAGUAGCAUGGAGGCUGGUCGGUCUUCUCGGAGGAGACCAAGGUUCUGGUCUCCGGGCGAGGACAGCUCGCCUCGCCUCAGCCCUGGUCCACUACAGCCCUGAUGCGAGGGAAGCUGUUGAUAACAGACGAAGGCAGCUGGAUGCAGCAGUUCAAGGUCUUGGAACCCAUGAGACACGUGGAGGUUUACAAGCAGGGAUACAUAAGCUAGAGGAACUGUCAUCGGUGACAGUUAACCAAGACCCUGCAUCAUCAUCUCAUCAACGUCUGUUGGCGUUGUCCCACGCGGAUGUUGAGAGACGUCUCAUUGACAACAAGUCACUCCUGACCAUUGUUGAUAAGCCGGCCUUGAAGCAGCUGCCGACCUUGGUCGCCUCCUUAUCAGCGAGGGUUGACAGUGAUAAGGCGGUCUUAGCUUGUGUUGGACAAAUCAAGAGAAGCGACCCUACUUUGGAUUUGAGUGAUACCAGACCGGUGGCUGGUGUUCUCAUGAACUAUUCGCGAGGCUGCGCCGCCCUCCUCUCUCAGAUGAGUGAGGUGCUGGUGGUGAACACUCCUCGCUCGCCGACGGACUCCGCCAGUGAUGGGUACCACUCGGACAGUGAUGAUUCACACCAACAUCCUGAUAGAAGUAAGUUAGUAUCACAGUAUGCUGCAGUCUGGUCGCUCGCUGCUGAAGAGGUGUUGCCGGCUCUAGCAGCAUUAGACCCUCUCAAACCGACUCCCAACUUAAAAUAUAAGAUAGUAUUCUCCGUCGUUGUUUUAUCAUUCCGCGCUGCCAUCAGUCUACGAGACAAACGUAUCAGUGAAGUGAAGUCUCUACUCGGAUGUGAAUCAGACGAUACACCCGGCACCUCAGGUUUCGUCGCCGCUGCUAUGAGGCUGAUGAGGAACACUGCUGAUACCUUCCCUCUGGGGGAUGCCGAGAGGACUGUCAUUAAUCAAGUGUGUAGUACUCUCCGGGAGUAUCCUUGUCUGGAGUCGUGUGGGGCGCUCCAUGCCCUGGCAGCUGUCGCCUGUCGUGCUGCGUGGACCAUCAGCCUUCAUCCGCCUCUCAGAAUAGAUACUGACUUCACACCUGUGGUAAUGAACCCCGACAAGCACGUUCGUUUCUCUCAGGACAGUCGAGAGCGUCGCUCGGAUCUCAUAAGAUCGUUCGUAUGGCCCGCGUUGGUGGAUGGAACUCGGUGUGUCUUCAGAGCUGUCGUCCUCACUUAG